AUGACGAAAUUACGUGUGAAGACCGUGCUGUCACUCCUCUUUAUCAUUUUGCACAAUGCUCCGCGUUUAGGACUCGUCCUUGCCAGGACGAUGAACUAUAAUAACCCAAGUUACUUCAAAAUCGGCGGAGUUUUAUCCAAUGUCGACAGCAAGGAGCAUUUCGAAAAAACGAUUGACCACCUCAAUUUCGAUUUCCAAUACGUCAAUAAAGGGGUUACAUAUAAGCAUACCGUAAUCGAGUUGGAUUCCAAUCCUAUCAGAACUGCGUUGAGUGUCUGCAGAUCUCUGAUAGCCGAACAGGUCUACGCGGUGGUGGUGUCGCACCCGCUUACAGGCGAUUUGUCACCGGCAGCGGUUUCGUACACGAGCGGCUUCUAUCACAUACCCGUGAUCGGCAUAUCGUCCAGAGAUUCCGCUUUCUCGGACAAAAACAUCCACGUCUCAUUUUUGCGCACUGUACCGCCGUAUUCUCAUCAAGCGGAUGUUUGGGUAGAAUUGUUGAAGCACUUCAACUAUAUGAAGAUCAUCUUCAUUCAUAGCUCUGACACGGACGGCCGUGCCCUCCUCGGACGUUUCCAAACGACGUCGCAGAAUUUGGAGGAUGAUGUAGAAAUCAAAGUGCACGUUGAGUCAGUUAUCGAGUUCGAGCCGGGAUUACACAACUUCGAGGAACAGUUGAGGGAGAUGAAAAGCGCGCAGGCCAGAGUCUGCCUCAUGUAUGCCUCGAAAAAGGACGCAGAAGUGAUCUUCAACGACGCUGCCAAUCUGAACAUGACUGGUGCCGGUUACGUAUGGAUUGUUACCGAGCAAGCGUUGGACGCGCCGAAUGCGCCGGACGGUUUAUUGGGGCUAAAGCUGAUCAAUGCUACUCAAGAAAAAUCGCAUAUAACCGAUAGUCUAUACGUCCUUGUAUCCGCGCUGCGAGCGAUGAAUCAGACGGAGAAAAUCACCGAGGCACCGAAGGAUUGUAGUGAUUCCGGCUCCAUAUGGGAAACCGGCAAGAGUCUUUUCCAGUAUAUUCGCAAAGAAGUAUUACCACAUGGUUCGACUGGUCGAGUGGCAUUUGAUGACAAUGGAGAUCGCAUAUUUGCCGAGUAUGAUAUAGUCAACAUUCAGUAUACAGGUCCGAACAAUAAUAAGACACAAGUAUCCGUCGGCCAGUACUUUUAUCCUGCUAACGGUACCAAAAUGAAACUGCGAGUGAACGAGUCCAAAAUUAUAUGGCCGGGCCGUUUGAAGACCAAACCCGAGGGUUUCAUGAUUCCCACGCAUCUCAAGGUGUUAACCAUCGAGGAGAAGCCAUUCGUUUACGUUCGCGAAUUGCCUGAAAGCGAGAACAAGUGCUUGCCUGAAGAAAUCGCAUGUCCUCAUUUCAAUAUGACAGACGAUAAACAAAUAUUUUGUUGCAAAGGAUAUUGCAUGGACUUAUUAAAGGAGCUAUCGAAAACAAUUAACUUUACGUAUAGCUUAGCUUUGUCACCGGACGGUCAAUUUGGCAGCUACGUAAUCAAAAACACUUCGGUCGGAGGAAAGAAAGAAUGGACGGGUCUUAUCGGCGAGAUAGUGAACGAACGCGCAGAUAUGAUCGUCGCACCGUUAACGAUCAAUCCCGAACGCGCCGAGUUCAUUGAGUUCAGCAAACCAUUCAAAUAUCAAGGCAUCACUAUUCUUGAAAAGAAGCCUUCAAGGUCAUCGACUUUGGUCUCUUUCUUACAACCGUUUAGCAACACUCUUUGGAUCCUCGUGAUGGUAUCGGUGCACGUGGUGGCGCUGGUCUUGUAUCUGCUCGACCGAUUUUCACCCUUCGGUAGAUUCAAACUCGCCAACACCGAUGGCACCGAGGAAGAUGCCCUCAAUUUAUCCAGUGCUAUUUGGUUCGCCUGGGGUGUAUUAUUAAACAGCGGUAUAGGAGAAGGUACUCCACGGAGCUUCUCUGCACGCGUUCUGGGGAUGGUGUGGGCCGGAUUUGCUAUGAUCAUCGUCGCAUCGUAUACCGCUAAUUUGGCGGCUUUUCUCGUUUUGGAACGACCGAAGACUAAGCUCACCGGCAUCAACGACGCUCGACUCAGAAACACAAUGGAGAACUUGACGUGCGCGACGGUAAAGGGCUCCGCCGUGGAUAUGUAUUUUAGGCGCCAGGUAGAAUUGUCCAAUAUGUAUCGCACAAUGGAGGCGAAUAACUACGACACUGCCGAAGAUGCAAUUCGCGACAUUAAAAUCGGGAAAUUAAUGGCGUUCAUCUGGGACAGUUCGCGACUGGAAUUCGAAGCGGCUCAAGAUUGCGAAUUGGUGACGGCCGGUGAAUUGUUUGGCCGUUCGGGUUACGGAAUCGGUUUGCAAAAAGGAUCGCCUUGGGCGGAUGCUGUGACAUUAGCGAUCUUAGAUUUUCAUGAAAGUGGUUUUAUGGAGAGCCUUGACAAUCUUUGGAUUUUGCAUGGUAACGUGCAACAAUGCGAGCAAUUUGAAAAAAUGCCAAAUACCCUCGGCUUGGAGAACAUGGCUGGGGUGUUUAUCGUCGUCGGUGUUGGCAUUGGCGGCGGCGUCGGUCUAAUUAUAAUCGAAAUGGCAUAUAAGAAACAUCAAAUACGUAAACAAAGGAAGAUGGAAUUAGCGAGACACGCGGCCGACAAGUGGCGAGGGAUGAUCGAGAAACGCAAGACUCUGCGAGCGUCGAUAGUUACGCAACGAAGAAUUCAAAGCAAUGGUCUGAACGAUCCUGCGACGGUGAGCCUGGCGGUCGACACGGUCGCCAGGUCCAACGUGGGUUCACGCAGUCCUGGUCGUGCUUGGCCCGGUGAUAGCGAUCUGAGACAACGGCCAAUUUCCCGCUCCGACGACAUCCGUUUGUCGCCUGCUGCCUACACCGCCGACGUAUCGCAUCUCAUAGUCUAAUCCUACGUUAAUUUGUAGUUUUUUACCAAAUAAGAAGCAUCAUUGCCAACCGUUUCUGGUAGAUCUGGUUAUAACUCGGGAUAGGACUCGAUUUCGAUUUUCUUCGCGUAGCGAAAUAUGAUCACGGAAUGAUCAUAUCUGACGGGUGUGAUUAGUGUGUUAUAAUCAGUAAAUAAUUGUGGGAUAUAUUUAAGAUGAUUAAUCAUUUGCUUGUUAGACAUUUACAGAGGAUCGUGAUGGAAUAUCUUAAAAAUAUCUCUGAAAUGUAUUUAUUGAAUCGUUGCAAAUGAAAUGUCAAUUUUA